UAAACACAGCAGGAAAGUGACUCUCCUUGACCAGGAAAGAGGAAGCUGCUUUACAGGCGCAUCUGUUUUCCACACGCCACUCAAACACAGAAGCAGGAAACUAUUUCAACUCCUCAGUACAGGGAAACAGAAACUAAGUACUGUUGAGCUGUUGAGUGUUUGUGUCUCUCUGUAUUCAUGCAGUAAAAUGGCAGAAGCCAGAAUUUCAGUCGAUGAGAAUGAGUUCACAUGUCCAGUGUGUCUGGAUCUCCUGAAGGAUCCAGUGACCAUUACCUGCGGACACAGUUACUGUAAGAGCUGUAUUACAGGGUUCUGGGAUCAGGAGGAUGAGAAGAGAGUCUACAGCUGUCCUCAAUGCAGACAGACCUUCAGUCCAAGACCUGCUUUAGGUAAGAACACUAUUCUGGCUGAAAUGGUGGAGAAACUGAAGAAGAUUAAUUUUACUGCUGACUGUUACGCUGGAGCUGGAGACGUGCAGUGUGACGUCUGUACUGGAAGAAAAUACAAAGCCGUUAAGUCCUGUCUGGUGUGUCAGGAAUCUUACUGUCAAACUCAUUUUGACCGUCAUGAGGAAUAUCACUCUCGUAAGCCACACAAAGUGAUCGAUGCCACCGGACGACUGCAGGACAUGAUCUGCCGUAAACAUGAUAAAGAGCUAGAAAUGUACUGUAUCACUGAUCAACAAUGCAUCUGUGUGCGGUGUAAGGAGUAUGAACAUAAAAACCACAACACUGUAUCAACUGCAGCACAGAGGACAGAGAAACAGAAACAGCUGAAGGAGACGCAGAUGAAGAUCCAUCAGAGAAUCCAGCAGAGACAGAAAGAUCUUCAGCAGCUGAGAGAGGCUGUGAAGUCUCAUAAGCGCUCUGCACAGACAGCAGUGGAGGACAGUGAGAAGAUCUUUACUGAGCUCAUCCGCUCCAUUGAGAGAAGCCGCUCUGAGGUCACACAGCUGAUCAGAGAUCAGGAAAAGGCUGCAGUGAGUCGAGCUGAAGGACGACUGGCGCGACUGGAGCAGGAGAUCAAUGAUCUGAGGAGGAGAGACGCUGAGCUGGAGCAGCUUUCACACACACAUGAUCACAUCCAUUUCCUGCAGAGUUUCCAAUCUCUCUCAGCACCUCCUGAAUCUACAGACAAACCUGACGAUCCCUUCAGUUCUCUCUUCUCUUUUGAUGGCAUAAGAGAAUCUGUCUGUCAGCUGAGAGACAAACUGGAGGAUUUGUGCAAAGAGGAGAUCAAGAAUAUCUCUGACAGAGUCACAUUCACCAACAUGAAUCCCAAGACCAGGAACGACUUCCUACAGUAUUCCCAUCAGCUCUCUCUGGAUCUGAACACAGUGAAUGAAAACCUCUGUCUGUUUGAGAGAAACAGAGUGAUUACUGUCACUGACACAGUCCAGUCGUAUCCUGAUCAUACAGACAGAUUUGAUAUGUAUCGUCAGGUGUUGUGUAAAGAGAGUGUGAAUGGACGCUGUUACUGGGAGAUUGAGUGGAGUGGAGAUUAUGUGAGUAUAUCAGUGUCAUAUAAGAGCAUCAGCAGGAAGGGAUGGGGUAAAGAGUGUGCGUUUGGACUUAAUGAUCAGUCCUGGAGUUUAUUCUGCUCUUCCUCCAGAUUCUCAUUCAUACACAAUAAGAUAGAGACUGCUCUCCCUGCAGCGCCCAUCAGUGGUAGAAUAGGAGUGUAUGUGGAUCACAGUGCAGGAACUCUGUCCUUCUACAGCGUCUCUGACACAAUGAGCCUCAUCCACACAGUCCAGACCACAUUCACUCAGCCGCUCUAUCCUGGGUUUUAUGUUUGGUCUGGAUCAGUGAAACUGUGUUGAUGUUUCAGAACAGAUUGUAACAGUGAGUUGAUACAGAGUCUCUUAUUUCCUCUUCAUUACAUUAAUACAGCUGAACUUCUUUAAAGUGAAACAACAGAAUAAAUUUUUGGAUUAAAUCCUCAUAGAGACAGUAGUGUGUGUGUGUGUGUAUGUGUGUGUGUGUGUGUGUGUGUGUGUGUGUGCGGGUUUUUGUGACAUAUCAGGACACAAAUUUGUAUAAUGACAUGGGUAUGACAUAGGUAUUACAAGGAGAAGGUGACUUAUGAGGACAUUACCCUUCUCUUAGACUAAAUAAAUUGCCUUGCCUUGAGGUUCACAACUUUAACUAACUAGCAGCAAUUUAGUAUAUCAUACAAUACUUGCAUUAGGCCUCAGCUUUUCAAGAGCGUCUGGAUAUACUGUUGCAGUAGAAAGUCCUGUGAGUUCAGUCCGAUGACAAACUUGCAUGGUUAGUUUGACUCUUAGUGGGGAAAGAGUAAUUUUCUCUCCCAGCUUGAGGGCUGGGUGGUCUCACGUGCCAGCAAUCAGUAGUAUAGCAGGGACAAACAGAAGAACCAGAAGACAGCGUGAGUUUUCUGCUGGUAUUUAACUUCUACAGAAAGUUUAUACCCCUGAGUCUUGGCUUGAACUAUGAGAAAUGUCCAAUUCUCUAGCGGGAGAUUUUCUUUGUUUGAGAGCAACCUCAUUUGUCUGAGGGGUGUGGCUAUGAAGUUUGUGUCCAUUUAUAUUCUGAUAAAUAUAAACAUACAAUACAUUCUAUGAAAAGUGUGAGUUAAAUGAGCAUUAAUUUGAUAGGAGACAUGAGGUAUGCAGGGUUACCUUAACUAAUAGUAUACUCAUAAGAUUUUCAUAAAGCAAAAUACAAUGCAAGAGACACUUCACAAGACAGUUAUUAUUAUACACACAAUGUCCUUGGAUGCAUGUUCAUUUAUAGAACAGUUUGUCUAUAAAUUAAUGCAAGUCUGUUCCAAGGGCUAUGGCCUCUGCUUUUUGGCUGCAUAGUUCAGGGGUCAAUAAAUUAAGCCUCAUCAGAUGGUGUCCAUGGUAACUGAGACCCUUCUUGUCCUAGUUGGGGUAGGAUGUGGUUCCAUAAACCACAGAAUGAGUUUCAAGGAUUAUUUGUUAAAUAUAACAAGUAAUUGUGUCUGAUUGGUCCAAAUGCUUCAGCCGAUACAAUACUUCUAAUCUGAACUUAUACAUUUUAAAAUUUCUUAAAUUAUUGAAUUAAAUUAAAAUUAAAUUAAAAUUAUAACCAUAAUUGAUAACCAUAAUUACACAUGGUUAAAAUGUUUACUUGUAGUGGUAAUUAUGGAAAUCUACAAAUACUAUAGGUCUAGCUGAACCAUGUUCACUGUAGUAAUGGUUCAUUUUCAUAUGGGACUGCCAGUGAUAGGCUGUUACACCCAUAAAAUGCAACCUUUGUACUCUGACAGUGUAUCAACAUUAGUUACAGAAUAGAACAUCAACAAUCAAUGCUCAAUUUAAAUAAAUGUAAUUGCACAAAUUAUGUAGGCUACUAUUUAAUUUCUUGGUUUCUUGUGAAAUAACUCAAACAUAUUAUGUUUUUCUGUCUUCUGUUAAUCAUUGUUCUGGGCUGCGUUUCCCAAAAGCAUCAAUGGUUUCUUACGAUACUACCGACAGCCCUGUUUGAAUGUAGUGUCGGCAGUGAGUGAACGCUCUCUGUGAUUGAUUGGUUCUGACUUGCAGCAUUUGCACGUGUUCAGAUAAGCAGGAAAAUAGUUCUACUGCACAAUUAUUCGCUAACAUAGAUUAUUUGUCCAAUUCAAUGCAUAUACUUGUAAAAAAGUAUGAACCACCCUCAUUGAGCAAAGGUUCUUCUGUGCCAGUAGGAAAAAAAUGUUUCGCCAGUCUGUGCAGAGGGUGAGACAUGAGAUGUCCUUGGUGGUUUAUAAAGGCAACCACCAUCCUGAUGUCUGAGGACAUGAUGACCCCUGAGUUCCGGCUGGCCAGAAUCACCGCCAUCAUUUCUAGAUGGUUGAUGUGCCAAUCCAACAUGGGGGCCACCCAUGAGCUGAAGGCUAUUCUGCUGUCACACAGGGUGCCCCAGUCCAUCUUGUCGUAGUUUAUGAGUAUAAAUGUAAGACGUUUCUUAGCCUAUUUACAGGAUAAAGAAAUGACAGUAAGAGGUGAUUGUGUCCAGAGUGAAUGUGUGUGUUCCUGCAAAACAUUUAUCUUGCCUGUUGGUUAACACUGAGUUUGUUUUUCUUUAUUAUCUUUAUUACUAUAUUACAGCCCUGUUUGAAUGUAGUGACGGCAGUGAGUGAACGCUCUCUGUGAUUGAUUGGUUCUGACUUGCAGCAUUUGCACGUGUUCAGAUAAGCAGGAAAAUAGUUCAAGGCUGUGAUCUGCUGAAUUUCAAACAAUGCUGUAACUUCUUACUUUCCUGUAUUCUGCUUCAGCUCUCUCUUUCCCUUGGUAAACUGUAUGCAUGUACUGUAUGUGUGUGAAUGUUAGAGUAGUUUAAGUGUUUAGUCUAGUUAAUAAAGUCUUGUUCAUGUCACACAUAAAGUUGUCCUUGUUUCAUGCUCUCAUACUGGAGUCCCUAAUUAUGCAGAUUUUGACUACAUGCUCUGAGUAGUACUGUACAAUAAGAAUGUUAUUUCCCAUAACCCAGAAAUGAGCAUUUCUUAGAAUUAAUAAACAGUUAACCAAGUGUUCAGUGGAAAUAGGUUAAUUGAUUGUAAUAUUAAUUUUACUAUAUUAGGUUGAUUCUAUUAACUGAUCCUAAUAUUUAUAAUUAAUUUUAAAUAAUAUUUAAAAUUAAUGUUGAGCUAAUUUGCUACAACAGGCAAAUUUCCCUGUUAAGCCUAAUACUGAGACAAGAGACUAUAUCAGAAUGACAAGGUAAAAUCAUUAGUCCUUGUAGCCACUAAUGAGAUGAUGCUUCACAACAAAGAGAGACUUAAAGAGAUGCAUUUUAAUAUUAAGACAUAAGGUUUAUUGUUACUCACGUAACCCUGGUUCACUUUCAAUUCGGUUCACUCGCAUUGCAUCAAUUUGCUGAUGCUUAUGGGGGAAACUCCAUUUUCUCAGAAUCUUGAAGCCUGAUUGGUUCUCGUCUGUGCCGCUGCACAGACAAAUGGCAUUUCAGCAUGCCAUAAAGGGUGGAGUUGACUGCAUAUAUAAGUCAUGCAGAAAUGCCAUAUCGUCAGCAUCUUUCAGCUGAGGAGUGGCUAGCUCCUAGUAGUACAGCAAGCUAUGCAAUGCUUGUUUCCGUUAUCUCAGGAAACCAAGGUUACGUGAGUAACCAUAAACAUUCCCUUUCGAUACGGUUCACUCGCAUUGUGUCAGUUUGCUGACACUUAUGGGGAACUUAAUCCAAUAGUGCUGGGAUACAAUCACAGAAUGGAAGCCGUUCUGAAAAACUUAAUGACCAGGUCAUGUUUCCCAAUCAAUUGGCCGGCCAUCUGGGCAUGAUUAGCAGUGAUGGCUGCCACAUACACCUUGAGCAUGAAAGGGGUGUGCCCACCAUCCAGCAUUUCCUGCAGAAACUUGAGAACUGGCACAAUCUCACAUUCAGUAGAGUUUUGUUUCUGAGCUAAGUACCAGCUUGACAAUAAUAGACCAUUUCUGGGAGUAAAGGCAUCUUGUAGAAGGGGCUCUCACCUCUGAGAUCAUUCUCAUGACCCCCUGGGGAAGGCCUGGUGGCUCCCUUCAAGGGGCCAAACAUGCAGUUUCCACAACUCUGGUUGUGGGCCCCAAAUUGUGCAAACAGUGCAUCUAUUUCCUACAAGAAAAGUAUAUCUGGCAGUGGGAGUUCCGUUGUGAAGAGAUCCACAUCCGACUGACCGAAUGCGCGCCAUAUCACGUUGACCGCCUGGGGGUGGAGUCUCCAUUCACCUGGUGGCUGUCCGCCACACGACAGCAUGUCUGCUCCUACGUUUGAGGAGCCCGGCAUAUGAACCACCCUCAUUGAGCGGAGGUUCUUCUGUGCCAGUAGGAAAAAAAUUUUCGCCAGUCUGUGCAGAGGGUGAGACAUGAGAUGUCCUUGGUGGUUUAUAAAGGCAACCACCAUCCUGAUGUCUGAGGACAUGAUGACCCCUGAGUUCCGGCUGGCCAGAAUCACCGCCAUCAUUUCUAGAUGGUUGAUGUGCCAAUCCAACAUGGGGGCCACCCAUGAGCUGAAGGCUAUUCUGCUGUCACACAGGGUGCCCCAGUCCAUCUUGUCGUAGUUUAUGAGUAUAAAUGUAAGACGUUUCUUAGCCUAUUUACAGGAUAAAGAAAUGACAGUAAGAGGUGAUUGUGUCCAGAGUGAAUGUGUGUGUUCCUGCAAAACAUUUAUCUUGCCUGUUGGUUAACACUGAGUUUGUUUUUCUUUAUUAUCUUUAUUACUAUCUUCAUUGUUAAUGUAGAGUAGAGAUUUAAACUACAUUCACUAGUGCUUUACAAAGUUAUUAGACAUCUGAAACCAAAUGUAUGGUUUGUGCCACAGGUCAGGGCAGCCUAAACUAUCAGUAUUGGUGCUUAGUCAUUUUGUAUUUUUGUACAUCGUUUCUGUAAUGGUUAAUCCACCAAUAUGUGUAAACUCUUUAGUUACAGCAGUAUUUCUUAAGUCACAAAAUAAUUACUUAUUAACUUAAGUUAUUUAUGAAUUUUUGAGUUUAUUGUUUUACAAGAAAGGCAGAAAAAAAGUAACACUUUAUAGUUGAUGUUUUUUUUUUUCAGAUGCCCAAUUGCAGUCAAUAAGAACAGACUGUUAAGUUUUUUGGGGGGGAUAUUAUGUGUGAAUAUUAUUUAGAAACUAUUUAGUUGUUUCAGUUUGUUAUUUUCCUAAUAAAUGGCAAUACCAUUUUUAGUUUUAAA